UUGCUGAAACGUUUGUUUAGUUUUUUUGCGUUUUAAAUAAAAUAAAUAGUGUUUCAACAGUAUAUUAUGAGAUAUGUAAUUAAUUAGACGCACGAUCCAAAGAAACAAUUGAUAAUAUAAUAGACAUUUUUAAAUAUGAGUUUGAGCCUUUGUCGAAAACGACGCGUCCAAGACCAUAACGAUGUGUCUAACAUUUCUACAAAUUCCACCGUAAAUACUCAGCAUCGUAGUGCACGACAACGCAGAAGAGACGAGCUACCCUCCGAAAAUGUGGGAAAUGAAGCUGCCGCACAGGAAGAUGCCCCAACGUCCAGUCAAGCUAAAAGACAGAAACGGAGCGAAGGCACACUGUCAAAUUCCCAAAUUGGAAUGGACGCUACACGCUGUGGAAAAAUUAAAAAAGUUGUUUUAGUAAAUUUUAUGUGUCAUGCACACUACUGCAUUGAGUUACAUCCGCGUGUCAAUUUCAUGGUAGGUCGCAACGGUUGCGGCAAAAGUGCUAUAUUGGCGGCAUUGGUAGUGGGUAUGGGUGGGCGUGCUCGUGCCACCAAUCGCUCGACGUCAUUACAUAGCUUAAUCCGUAAUGGUCAACAUUCUGCGCGUGUCGAAAUUACAAUUUCCAACGAGGGUGUUGAGGCUUUCAGACCAGAGAUAUAUGGUGAUGAAAUAACGAUUGUCCGCGCCAUUACCCAAUCGGCAAGUAAUUAUAAAAUUAAGAAUGCAAGUGGCCGUGUUGUGUCAGAGAAGUUUGAUGAAUUGAAGCGCAUUAUGGACAUACACAAUAUACAAGUUGACAAUCCGGCUUUUGUCAUGAACCAGGACAGUGCGCGUGAAUUUCUCAAAGAUAUGGAACCAAAGAAGAACUAUCAGCUGUUUCUGAAAGCUACACAAUUAGAUUCAAUACAAGAACAACUUAUCAAAUGCUAUUAUGAGUAUCAAGAUCAUAAACAACGUUUAAUGCACAUUGAAAAGAAAUUGGAAGAAGAUCAACAAAAUAUAGCUGAACUUGAAACAGAGUACCGCAAAAUAUUAUCCUUUGCACAACUAAAGCAAGAAACAAAUCAGAAGAAGGCCGAAUAUGAGUGGUCUUUGGUAAAUCAGUUGGAAAUGGCCAUUAAUAAGAUAGAAGAAGCGAUUUCUGAAGCUAUGCGAGAUCGUGACAAACUUGAAGAGCAGGCGAAUCGCAAAAACGAAAUUGAAAAUAAACUCAAAGCCGAAAUGGAUACCUGUAGAGAAGUCAUUGGCCUGAACCGCACAGAGUACGAUCAAAAAAAGGAUAACUGUCAAGCGAUUAAUACGCGUUUGAAAGAGAAAGCAAAAGUGUAUCAUGGUCUCAAUAUCGAUAUGGAGAGUCUUAAAAAACGCAUUCAUCAUUUAGAAUCGCUAACUACGGAUUUGGAGCAGAAUAUAGCGCAACGCUCAAAAACAAUGGGCGUUGAAGAGCUACGCCGUCGCAAUGAAGCCGAACUGGAGACCUUGCGCAGAGAGCAGGCCGAGAAUAAGGCUAUGAAUGAAUCAGACAAACGUGAAUAUGAAAUUUUUGCCGAGAACAAAUCACAAAAGGAGGAGGAAUUCAGAAAUAUUAAAAUUCAAAUAGAUAAUUCAAUGCGUCGAAUCGAUGGCAUCAAGCGCGAAAUUUCUAACUUACAAGCAAACAAAAGGAAUCGAUACUCAAUUUAUGGCCAGGAAAUGCAAACGCUAUUGGAGGAAAUCGAUCGCCAAUACCGCGCACGCAAAUUUAGUGAGCGGCCGCGCGGUCCCAUUGGCAGUUAUUUGGAUGUACCUGAGCAAAAAUAUCGUAAUGUUGUCGAAAAUCAAAUUGCCGAUUUGCUGCGUGCCUUCAUUGUUAACAAUACAGCCGAUCGUACGCUAUUAAAUACGAUUAUACAGCAACGCUGCCCUAAUAUGCAUGUGACAAUUAUAACGGCGAAAUUUUUAAACAGGGUACAUGAUGUGCGCGCCGGUUGCGUACGUCCACCCGCCGGCACGCGUUUGCUCUAUGACGUCAUCCAGUGUCGUGAUCCUGUCGUCAUGAAUUGCUUAAUUGAUCAGUUAAGUAUUGAGACCAUACUUUUAACAGACACUAAGCAGACCGCUGAGCAUUUAACCAUUCAGCAGGAACAGGUGCCGCAAAACUUACGUAAAAUUAUCGUAGACGCCCAACCGGCCUUGGAGUACUUUCCGGCGCCGAAAUAUCGUAUGUACUCGUUGAAUAUACGACCAGCACGGCUGAUACAAAUGAAUGUAGACGAAUGCAUAAGCCAACUUAACGACAAUUACCGCACGAUCGAAAAUGAAAGAUUAAAACUGCAAGAAGCUUAUGCAAGCACAGGACGUGAGUUGCGCACUUCUCUGGAACAGUUUAAAGAGAAGCAAACGCUUAUGCAAAAGCACCGCGAUAAAAUUAUGCGCCUGGAGCAACGUAUUGCCGAUUUGGAAGGCUACGAAUAUCCAAAUACGAAUGAAUUGUGUAUACUGCAAAAAGAGCUCGCUGAAAAUGAAAGUAAACUAGAGCAAUAUAAGAGCAAAUUGGAAGAUAAGAAGAGGGAAUGCGCUGACGUUGAGCUUGAAAAGCAAAAUAUAGAAAUUGAAAUGCGUAAACACACGGAUAAACUAGAGGGUAUGCAGCGUAAUAUACGCGAAAAAGAGAAUGAAUUAAACAAAUUACAAAUGGACAUGCGCACCAUUCAGGACAAUUUUCUCAAAUUUGAAGACAAAAAGCGACGCAUUGACGAGCGCAUACACACAGAAGAGACAAACAAAUCCGUCAAACUAAAGGAGCUGAAUGACAAAAAGAAAGUGGCACAAAAAUUUGGCCAACGAGUGCAAACAGAGCGUACACCCGACGAGAUACUAGAUGAAAUCAAAUUAGGUGAAGUUAAAUUGAAGCAAGGUGCGCCCUUAAAAGAAGACCCCGACAAAUUAGAGAAUGCAAUAAAGCGUUUGAAACGUAAACUCUCCGUUGAUCGGAGCACUUUGAAGACAUUCACACUUGUCACUGACCAAUUGAAACAAUCGCAUUCGCGUCGCAUGUAUUUUGUGAAGCAUUUUAAGGGACACAUGAUAACCAUGCUGCAGUAUACUUUUAAUAAUGUGCUGAGUAAACGUCGGUUUACCGGUAAAAUCGAGGUCAAUCACAAAGAGCAAACGAUGGAAAUAUCGGUGGUGCCACGUGACAAUCACAUCGCCGAUGCUGUUACAAACACGCGUUCGCUGUCGGGUGGUGAGCGCUCGUAUACAACGGUAGCAUUCCUAAUAUCACUUUGGGCCUGCGUGGAUCACCCGUUCUUCUUUCUUGAUGAAUACGAUGUGUUUGCGGAUGAGGUGAAUCGCGAAUAUAUGACGCGUUUAUUGAAAUUUGAAGGCCAAAAGCGUCCGAAUCGUCAAUUUGUAUUCUUGACACCACAAGAUAUGUCCAUUGAGGCUUGCGAUUACAUACGAAUACAUCGUUUGGCCGAACCAAUUCGUAAUUGAGUUGUGCCACGUUUAGUGCCAGCACGCGUCUUAUUGCAUUCUUUUACCACUUCCUUGAGCAGUUCAAUUUCAUCUUUAAUAAAAUCCAA